GGCCACGUUGGUAUCGAAAUCCGCAACUCAGGAGGGUGUCCUUCAAUUUGCCACCGGAAAAAUCUCUCAAAAAGAGCCAGAGCUUGUUCUUUGUCUACCGUUCAAUUGACUGUAUUUCUGGCAAAACGGAUUGCCAACGGUCUGUAUAUGUCGUUUAAGGGGUAGCCCGUUUUUCCCUUUUCUUCUUUUGGAGAUUGUGUUUAUCUGUGAGUUGUGCCAAUUCCCAAACUGCACCAACGUAGAUUUCCUACGGAGAAAAGCCUUCUUGAUCGCUUCCAGCGGUGGUCGUUCCCUUUCAAGCUGAUCUGGCCCUUGUGUUGAGCCUAUUUAUUAAAUCAUUUUUACCUCGUUUCGUGUCUGUUGAGAGCACCUUUCUUUCCCCGCUGCACUUCGUGUUUUGUCAGAGGUUGAAGUGGUUUGGAUGGUCUUUAAGUGGGUGGAUUUGGUUGGACUUUGUCAGAGGUCUGUCUGUCGCUGUUUCAGAGUGGAGAAGGAUUCAAUGGAGACGAAGGCAGAGUCCUCGUACAGUUUGGAUGAUGCCAAAGAGGCAGAAAAUAUGAAGCCAAUCACGAAAGAUGCAGUGGUUGCUGAUAAAGGAUAUGGCCUUUUUGGGUGCUCACAUUAUAGAAGAAGGUGCAAGAUCAGGGCACCUUGUUGCAAUGAAGUCUUUGAUUGCAGGCAUUGCCAUAAUGAAGCCAAGAACUCAGUAGAUGUUGAUCCUCUUGACAGACAUGAAAUUCCGCGUCAUGAAGUUAAAACGGUGAUAUGUUCCUUGUGUGGCACAGAGCAAGAUGUUCAGCAAAAUUGCGUAAGCUGUGGUGCCUGUAUGGGAAAAUACUUCUGUGGAAUAUGCAAGCUCUUGGAUGAUGAUGUUUCAAAGAGGCAGUACCACUGUGAUGGAUGUGGCAUCUGCAGAACUGGGGGUCAGGAAAAUUUCUUCCACUGCGACAAAUGUGGAUGCUGUUAUUCCACCUGGCUAAAGAAUGCUCACCGUUGUGUGGAGAGGGCAAUGCACCACAGCUGCUCUAUCUGCUUUGAGUACCUCUUCGAUUCUGUAAAAGAUAUCAGUGUCCUAAGAUGCGGGCACACACUGCAUAUGGACUGCCUGAAAGAGAUGAAGCGUCACUUUCAGUUUGCCUGCCCAGUUUGCUCAAAAUCGAUUUGUGACAUGUCUACACUGUGGGAAAGGCUGGACCAGGAGGUCGCAGCAACACCUAUGCCUGAAAUGUACCAAAACAAGAUGGUGUGGAUUCUCUGCAAUGACUGUGGUACCACAUCUGAGGUCCAUUUUCAUGUACUCGCACACAAAUGCCCUGGUUGCAACUCUUACAACACACGGCAGACCAGGGGUGGAUCAGGUUCGUGCUUAUCCAGAAGUUGAGUGUGGGGGUAGAACUCCUAGUGAAGACUUGGCCUGACUGGCUAUUAUCACUCGUGGAUGCUGUUGUCCUAGGCAAAGAUCAGAAUGCAAACUACUUUCUCCUUUAUUCUAGCUUAAAGGAUGAGGCAGCUCCAACCUUGCCACAGUUUCUUUUCCUAUUGAUCUGCAAAAGAAAAAAAUUCUUCCACCUUGGGAAGUGAAAAUUGUGUGUAACAUGCAUAGUUGGUCCUGCUGAAGAUUUUGGUUUCAGCGAUGGUGUGAUGUUUGGUUUAGAUUCUUUGCAAUACCUUAUCCAAGACACAAGCAUUUGAAGGGCGAAUAUGUGUAUCCACAGCUUGAACCCACUAACUCAGUGGUCAAGUUAUUCCUUACCACAUGCCAUACCCAUUGCUAUGUGACUGUUGCUAUCAAUACCUUCAUGUAUUCAAAAAGUCGAUGAUUCUGCAGAUCAGAGAUGGUUCUCUUGUGCCAUAAUUGAGUGCGACGUUUCUUGGGUGUA